CUGCUUAGGUGGUACGGGUGCAAAGCGAGAUAAGCAAUGCUCGUGACGUGGUAUGGGGAUAUUCCUAUCCUAGAGUGCCUUUCCCGAGCGCCUUUCCCAGUGCCCAUUUCCCUGUCAGCUGGCUGCAGGUAGGAGACCAGCCUCAACAAGUCCCAGUAAAACCUCCCCGUAGGUUCUCCCUAUUUUACCUUUAGGGGAGCAUCUGUAACUGUUGUGGAGAAGAACCAGGCAAAGCAGAGAGAAUUCCUGGCUUACCCCUGCCAGGCUCAUACUCUUCUUGUCCAGGGUUUAUCUUUAAUUUGCUGCCCCUGGCAUGGGAUGGAGGAUUUUUCCAGGAGGGCAGAGGGCUGUAGAAUUGUCCAUCCUGUGCCCUCCCCAGCACCCCCUGCUCCCACCAGCCUGCUGGAGGCUCACACACGGAACAACGCUGCCUGAGACCAAGGGCAAAUGUCUGAAAGUGGCUGCCACAGCUUACAAGAGCUGUUUCCAGGUGGAGCCCGGGACGGGGAGCGUAUCUCUGCCGGCCUGUCACAGAGCAGAGAGGAAGGACUUGCAGCCUGUGGGCUGGGUCUCCAACCAGGGCACGAUGCCAAGAACAUCUUUUUAGUUUCGUUUCUCGCAGACUGGUUGACGCACCAUUUCUGCAGCCAUGGCAAAAGCAAAGGAAGAAUUUGGAGGGGGUGCCAGCCUGGAGGACGAACUCAGCUGUCCCAUCUGCCUGUGUCUGUACAGGAACCCAGUGUCGCUGAGCUGUGGUCACAGCUUCUGCAAGCAGUGCAUCCAGAAGGCGCUCGGUGCCCAGCAGCAAUCCAAGACCCCUUACUCCUGCCCCAUGUGCAAGCUCCAGCUGGGGCCCAUCCUGGAGCUGCAGAAGAAUUUCCAGCUGUGCAGCAUCGUAGAGGCAUUUCUGGCCAGCACUUCCAAAGGACAACAGGCCGAGGGCUCUGCAGAGGGGAAGGAGGAGGAGGAGGUGGUUCCCUGUGACUUCUGCCUGGACUGGUUCCAGCCAGCAGCGAAAAUCUGCCUGAACUGCGACGCGUCUUUGUGCCAGGCCCAUCUGAACAAACACAACGCCAAGGCUUCCCAGCAGGACCACAUGCUGGUGGAGGUGGGCGCAGGCGAUGUGGCGGAGGGGAGGAGGUGCCUGGAGCACCGCAGGCUGCUGGAGUGCUACUGCCAGGACGAGGGGCAAUACAUCUGCACGCUCUGCUCUAUUGUGGGCUCCCACAAGGGCCACAGCAUCAUCACCCUGAAGGAGGCACAUGAGAAACAGCUGGGUGAACUCUCAGACACUGUGACAUGGCUGCAGGAACGUAAAAGUGCUUUAGCUACUGCCCUAGAAGAGCUUCAGAGAAGCGAGAAUCAGCUCAAGACCAAUACGAAAACAGUGACUUCUCAGCUGCAAAAGCUGUUUGAAGAGAUGAAUACAGAGAUGAUGCUGAAAGAGAAGAUGAUCCUGAGUGACAUUCAGUUCAAUGAGAAAAAACAACUGGCAGACAUUACCAAAAUGAAGAAGGAAAUGGAACAGAGGAGAGAUGAGGCUGCGCAGCAUCUUCAGUCUUUGCAGAAAAUGAGAGAGCAACCAGAUAUUUUCCUCUUCUUCAAAGAAUUUAAACUGGCCAUGGACAGGGUUGCGAGCCAGAAUUUCGGCAUCGGCAGGAUGGACGUGGUGGUAGUGCAGCUGGAUCAGGCCAGGAUCGACCACUACCGACGUCUGACGAUGGACUUCAUGAGUCGCCUGGACUCGCUGCUGCAAGGCGUGCACAGUGAACUCGCCAACCAAAUUAAGCGGAACAGUGGGGCUUCAGAUACUGGUGCCUCUUCAAACUGUAAGUGUUCAAAAAUACUAGUUACUCCUCAGGACUCUGGCCUGGGGCUGUGAAUCUGGCAGAGAAAAUCUCGCACCUAAAAAUGUGAGCAGCAUUUUGUUGCAUGCAUCUCCUCUCCUUGCCAGAGGUGAGACCAGCAGGAGUGCAGCCUCAGGGCACAGUUCUCAAAAUCUGCAGUGGGCAGAAAUCUCUGGGAACUCAGCAGAGAAAUCAUUUAUCUUCAGUGUGAGGGAGAGACUGGGUUUGCUUCAGUACUCAGUAAAAGUCUGAGCCUGCUCCUAGGAAAGACCAUGGAGGGGUUCUCACCAGCUGAGCAGAAGCUGGAGCAAACCCAGUGCCUGAAAGGAUUCCCAGACAAAUCCAAAUGCUGCAGGAGAUAUUAAAUCUGUAAACAGUGUUUCUCUUCAGAUAGCACUAGUCCAAUGCUCAAAUAGAUUUCUGCUGAGUACAGUGGUGUGUUUUUUCUACAAGCUCUUUUGAAGAAAACUUUUUUAGAAGUUGUUUGGAAGAUUUUUUAUAUUUUUUAGUUGCUGCAACUAAAGUUCAGUUUGCAAACAAGUUUUUCUUAAUUCAUCAACUCAAAAUAAAAUCCUAUUUUCUUCACCACUUUUUAAUUUUUGGAGGGGAAAAAUAUUCUCUUCGGACAAGCAUUUCUUAGGGACAGGUUAAUGGUCAAUUUUACUUCGGAAGAGAUGUGUUUGAGAACAGCUGUUCAAUCGGGGCAUUGAGCCUUGUAUGUAGCCUUGCCCUAAAAGCAAACAUAUUUGUUUUACCAGACAUUUGAAAAACCAGAAGAAAAUCUUGUUUUCUUUUUUCAAUAAUUCAUGUAGCUGAUAAUGGAUGGAAAGCACAAGAGGCAUGCAGUGCAGGCAAGCGAUUAAAUGGAGUUUUAAUUACACAGCUCAGCUUAACAAUACAGUUGCUUUCAUUUAACAUAAUACCAGCCUCAAAUCUAGAGGUAUAUUUUUAAAUCAGUGUACAUGGCCAUUUAUUUGUCUUGUGAGCUCAGUCUUCUACAGACAUAUUAAUGUCUGUGUUCUAUAGAGAACCAGAUACUGAAACAGGGGAGGGAGAAGAAAUAUUUUUAUAUUUUUUCUGAGGCAAUGCAAAGCUGUACUUGGAAGGAACUUGUCAAAUAUGUUAUUAACAUAGCAAUAAAAUAUUACUUUAUUAUUACAGUAAGUGAAGCUUUUCUAUCUUGUGUAUUCCUACAGCACAAAACCAACCGAAAGGAUCAGCGCGCUUCAAGUGGCGGAUGUGAACAAAGUGUAUGGUCCACAUAUGCCCAGAAGUAAGGGGAGGUGAAAAAAAGAAGUCAGAACUGAGAUGGAAGGACAAAGUUAAAUACUGUAAAAAAAGUCCUCUGAUAAUGGGGACUGGCCAAGUGUCUUGACCUCUCCAGCAUACCUGCUUUUAAAAGCAAUUCUGCAGCAUAUGCAAAUUUAGAAAAGAAGUGCUAAGAUUUUAAUAUGAACGUAAGAAAAUCUCCAACUGCUGCUGGCUUCCGGACUGUGGACUAUAUCAUCUCAUGGUACUGAUGAUACUUGGGUACUAUUAAUUGUGGUGACUAUGUUGUCAUUAUGUGGUUGGAUAACCAAAUAAAUGGCUAUAGAUACAGA